GAGGCGGAAGCGGGCGGGAAGCUCGACGGGAGGCUGCGAGGCACCUGGGGGCCGCCAUGGGCCGAGCCGGGCCGAUCGCGUCGUUCCUUCCUAGGCAUGGACGAUGGCUUCCUUAUGGAGGUGUGCGUGGACUCGGUGGAGUCUGCCGUCAACGCGGAGCGCGGAGGUGCCGGCCGGAUCGAGCUGUGCGCGGGCCUGGUGGAGGGAGGAACCACCCCGAGCAUGGGGCUCCUGCAGGUGGUCAAGCAGUGCGUGCGGGUCCCGGUGUUCGUCAUGAUCCGGCCUCGCGGCGGGGAUUUUCUCUACUCGGACCGAGAGGUGGAGGUGAUGAAGGCCGACAUCCGCCUGGCCAAGCUGCACGGUGCGGAUGGGCUGGUCUUCGGGGCCCUCACCGAGGAUGGACGCAUCGAUACGGAGCUCUGCACGGCGUUGCUGGCUGUUUGCCGGCCCUUGCCAGUCACGUUUCACCGAGCCUUCGACAUGGUGCACGACCCUCAGGUGGCACUGGAGACUCUGAUUUCUCUGGGGUUUGAGCGGGUAUUGACCAGUGGCUGCGAUAGCUCUGCACUGGAAGGAUUAUCCUUGAUUAAGAAACUUGCAGAACAGGCAAAGGGUAGAAUUGUCGUAGUGCCAGGGGGUGGCAUCACAGAGCGCAACCUGCAAAGGAUUCUGGAAGGCUCUUCUGCUUCUGAGUUUCACUGCUCUGCUCGCUCAGCCCGGGACUCAGGGAUGAAGUUCAGAAAUCCAAAUGUUGCCAUGGGAGCAUCGUUCUCUGCCCCUGAGUACUCUGUUAAGGUGGCAGAUGUGGCUAAAGUGAGGACCCUGAAUGCCAUUGCAAAGAACAUUCUGUAGUGGAAAGCACUGUGCUGGAACAAGAGCAUCAAGACUCCAGAGUUUUUCCUGCCACAUGGACAGAUGUGUACUGCUUCCGUCCUCAGGCUGCGGAGGAUGCAAAUUAGGUGACAAAGCCUGAUGUUUCUUCCCUUGGUUUCCCCUGAGUGACCAGUCCCUGGCCUGGAAACAUAUGUUGGCCAUUUUAAAUAAAAGGACUCAUUCUUGGAUGUGAUGGCAACAAGCUGCUCAGCAGUAUUUAGAGAGGAAGGGAGCUGAGCAAGUAUGGGAGAAUGAAUUGUGUAGCACUGCAUGUGAUUGUCAAAUAAAUGCUGCAGCUGCUCCCCUCUUACUCUGUUUUUACUGUUUUUUAUUGUUUGUUCUGAAUUUAUUUUACUUUAUGCUCUAUUUUGCAUGGUUUGGUACAGCAUGCUUUGGCAUCAGUUCUAGAUAAGCACUACAAAUGGAAAAGUCCACAUUAGCUCAUCUAUGUAAGAUUAGGCAAUGUGUACAGGAGAUAGAAACACUUCCUGAGAACAAAGUAAUAGCAAAUAAGCACUCAGUUAAGAACUCACUAACUAACUCAAACCCUAGUCGUGUCAGGAGGGCCAAGUGUGAGAGCAACAGAAGAGAGGUAAGAGUCAGAUGAGGGGACGCUGAAUUAAUCAUCCUCAUGCUGCACCAAAAGAUAAAACAGUUACAUCCAAAACACCAUGAAGGGAAAUGUCUUAGCCACAGCUGGAAAAUGAGGUCUGCUCGUGCCAGCUAGUAGGAUAGCUGAGGAUUAGAAACUCAGCAUCUCUUAGGAUAAAGAGAAGCACAUCAAAGUUGUUGAUAUGCAGAGGUGAUGAGCCCAUAUUGCAAGAAGCUUCUACUACCUGACUGAUGAGGUGAGCUAGCUGUGAGCCAACCUGGGCUACAGGUGAGAGAGGUUACGGGGGGGGUAGGGCAUAUGGUGAGAUUCCUUGGGAAGCCAAGGUACUUUUUCUCAGGGAGUUUCCAGGUCCUUUUCCUAACAUAUCUUCACAAGCGUGUCCUUAAUCUUUAGUGUGUGGGGGGGAAAGUGCCUGUGGAUCAGAAUCAGAAUCAUUCAGAAUCAAAAUCUAAUCAGAAUCAAAGCUUAGGCUUGUUUUGGUUUUACCUUAGGAGAAUCAGAUAGUUGAAAACCUAUAGCUAAAGAUUGUAACUUCGGAGCUUCGUGUCAGAGAGCAUAUCCCCUUUUUCACGUGGAUCCGUCAGAGGUUAUCAGUGUCUCUCAAAACACACCUUGGGAACAUAGAUGUCAAUUCUCAACAUGUGAGCUGGAAGGGUACAGCUGCACAGCGUCAGGUCAGUGCUGGCUGAUGUGCACUCGGUAGAAAGGAUUCAAACUUGGUAGAAAUGAUUUCACUUACAGUUAACUGGAUUUAAGAGUUUGUUUAAGAGCUGUAAGAUUUCAUGAGUCAUGAUGAUUAAAGAUAUCUGCAACUCAAUUAAUGUGAAUAUUAUGCUGACACAACCUUCCGCCGUCAUAUAUGUAGUUUGGUUCUUUUGUGUAAAGUUUUGUUUGUUUUAAAAGGCUUCUGAACUCAAAGGGCAUUACACCAUAAAAAAGCAAAGAAAUAAACCUCUUAGAGAUUA